AUGGCGUAUUCACAAAUAUGUGUUACUCAACUUAUCACUCUCUUCUUCAUGGUUACUUUCUUCUUGACGUUUUCUCGUGCCUCGCCUCUCCUUCAUGAUCGCCAACUCAUUCCUUCGUCCCUAUUUGGCGGUGGGAAAUCUCCCUUUCUAUAUGGUAAUUCGCAACAAGCAACAAAUGCGAACGGAAACAGUGCAAACGCUCAUAAUGCGGAAGUUCAAGCAAAUAAUGCCAACGAAGCCAGUAAGAGUCUUGAUACAAAUCAUGCGAACACUUUUAUGAUCAACAAACGCCAAUUAGGCCAACUCGGUAAGGGUCUCGCUUACUUGACCAAUGCCGGAGAAACAAAAGCUAGCAGCAACAACGCUAAUGCUCAAAAUGUGGAAGCACAAGCCAAUAAUGCCAACGAAUGCAGCAGUAGCUACGGUAAUAAUCAUGCGAAUAACUUUGUUAUCAACAAACGCCGAUUAGGCACUGGUAAAGGUCUUGCUUACCUGAGCAAUGCGGGUGAAACGAAAUACAACAACAACCAAGCUAAUACGCAAAAUGCACAAGUUCAAGCCAAUAAUGCUCAUGAACAUAACUUCAACAUUGACAGCGCAUCAUCAGGCACUUCUAUGUUCGGUAAGCGUAUGAAUAUCAAACAACCAUUUUUAUACGCAAGCAACAACGCCGAAAAUCAUGCUCAUGAACAGGCUGCUAGCAUGAACAACUUAGCGGCCAAUGUUAACGAUGCGAAUAUGGGAAGUUACAACCUUCAGAACCAGAACGCCGCGACAAAGAUGUUGAACAAACGCGAUUCUUUGGAAUAA